GCAGACGAUAUGGAGCAAUUGUAUAUCAGUCAAUGCCGUUUGUGCAUUUUAAAACGCCCCACUUUUUCUCCACGCCUAUCUCUUCCUUAACCGAGAACCAUGGUGUCUCCUUCGUCUUCUGACGCAGACUGGAAACAUGACGAGAAAAAUGAUCAUGUCGUCGAGGUGUCGGCGAAGGAAGUCGAUACCGCGGCUCAAAUUGUAGCAGGAGCCUCUGAAGCAUUAGAUCCGAGGGAGGCAGAAAGGAUUAAGAAGAAGAUCGACCGACAUAUUCUUCCUUUGAUGUGCACUCUAUACUGGAUUCAAUUCAUGGAUAAGACAACGCUGGGAAGCGCCGCGAUUUUGGGAAUCAGAGAAUCGACGCAUCUUUCCACCAAUCAGUACAACUGGCUUGGGACCAUAUUCUAUCUCAGCUAUCUCGUAUUUGAGUUCCCGCAGAAUCUUUGUCUCCAGCGCUUUCCUGUGGGAAGAUGGAUGAGUAUCAACAUCUUCAUAUGGGCUGUUGCUUUAUGCUGUCACGCAGCCUGCAAGAAUUUCGCUGGUCUAUUUGUUGUGCGGCUAAUUCUGGGCAUGUGUGAAGGGUCAAUCACCGCAGGUUUCAUGAUUGUCAGCUCGAUGUUCUACACGCGGAAAGAACAGACGUUGAGAGUCGGCUAUUGGUUUUUGAUGAACGGAACCGCUCAAAUUAUUUCGGGGUUCAUCAGCUUCGGUACCUUGCACAUUAAGACGGGUACUUUUGAGCCUUGGCAAUGGCUCAUGAUAAUCACGGGUUUAAUCACUCUUAUUACGGCGAUUUCCUUCUGGUUCUUAUUCCCAGACUCGCCAACCAACGCGUGGUUCCUUACGCCUGCCGAAAGGGCAACGGCCAUCCAGAGAAUUAAGGAAAACCAAACUGGCGUUGAGAAUAAACACUUCAAAAAGGAACAGAUGAUAGAGGCGUUGACGGACCCGAAGACCUGGCUUUUUGCACUCUUUGCCGCCUUGGACAAUAUCCCCAAUUCUCUGACGAAUCAGCGCACGAUAAUAGUAUCCUCUUUCGGAUUCAGCAAUCUGCAGACUACUCUCCUUAGUUGCGUGGAUGGCUUAGUUGAAAUUGUUACCAUCUGGACCGGAGUGACUAUUGCCUCGCGCAUUCCGAAUAGCCGGGCGUAUGUUGGCGCAAUAUACAUGAUUCCCAAUGUGUUGGGUGUCUUUUUGGUCAAUUUCCUGCCUUGGAGUAACAAGGUAGGGCUCCUUUUCUCGGUAUGGAUAACAGGCGUUGGAACCACCGGAUUUGUCUUGUCGCUGUCCUGGGUCUCCGCCGUUGUUUCCGGACAUACUAAAAAGAUUACGGUAAACGCAAUAAUGCUCUCAGCGUACUGCAUUGGAAAUUCUGCCGGACCUUUCAUGUGGCAAGCCAAGUAUAAGCCUCGCAAUCACAUUCCCUGGAUCAUCAUCGGGAUCUGCUACGUAUGCUGCAUGAGUUUGUUGCUAACAAUCCGUUUUCUCUUGUCCCGAGAAAACAAGCGGCGAAACAGUGAAUCCACAGACGAUACUUACGGUGAUGUAUACAUUGAACGCCCCACGUCGGAUGGCAAGAAGGAAAUGGUUAAAGUGGAUAAAGAAUUUUUGGACCUAACAGAUAUCCAAAACCGUGAUUUCCGAUACGUACUUUGAUGUCUUACGCACGUGUGCACACGUAUGGUCGAGAAAUACGAUUGUAAAACUAAAACA